CGGGUCGAGCAGCGCAAAGACAUUGACGGCAACAAGAUGGCGGACGAACGGCGGUGGCUUCCCGAAAAGGUUUCAAGUCUACCUUUAACAUUUUUAUAGACCCUCCAAUAUUUUUUUCUUAAGCUCACGAAACGAAAAUUGACUUUGGAGCGAUGUUGUUUUACCUGAAGUGAAGAUUGAAGACGUGAUAGAAGAUGGACGACUACUGCUAUGCUAAGAUGGCGACGUCAUGUAAAAGAGAAAGUGAAAGAGAAUCAGCGCCACCAACUUCCAGCAAAUCACCAACGGAGGAAACUGCAGAUAAAGACGUCCAGCAGCUGAUUGGUCAUUCAGAAGAACUUCCACCUCGUGUGCAGAAGCAAGCGUGUCCAUGGCCUUCCCACAUUAAAGAGGAAGAGAAGGAAUUCUGGAUAACGCAGGGAAGUGAUCUCGCCAAGUUGCCACUGACUGUUGUCUCUGUGAAAACUGAAGAUGAUGAAGAGAAACCACUGAUUUGUCAUCCAGAAGAACUUCCACCUCCGCCGCAGGGCGAGGGCUCCACUUUGAGGCAAGAGCGUCCAUGGCCCCCCCACAUUAAAGAGGAAGAGGAAGAACUCUGGAUAACGGAGGAAGAUGAUCUCACUAAGCUACCACUGACUAUUGUCUCUGUGAAGACUGAAGAUGAUGAAGAGAAACCACAAUUUGACAACCUUUUAGCUCCACUAUCAGAUAGUGAGGCCGAAGACGACGAUGAAGAACCUUUGAGCAGCGAUACAGACUGUGAAGGUGAAAUGAGGACUCGCACUGACAACAAACAUUUCAGCUGCUCAGUUUGUGCUAAAAGCUUUAGUCAUAAGAACACUUUGACUGGACACAUGAGAACACACACGGGAGAAAAACCAUUUAACUGUACAGUUUGCGGCAGAAAUUUUUCUCAAAAGACCAAUUUGACAGCGCACAUAAGGACGCACACGGGAGAGAAACCAUUUAGUUGUUUAGUUUGCGGGAAAUUAUUUUCUCAAAAGACCCAUUUGAAAGAACACAUGAAAACACACACUGACAACAAACACUCUGGAUGUUCGAAAAAGACGAGAGAUAAACAACGUUUGAGCUGCUCAGUUUGUGCUAGAAGCUUUGGUAAUAACAGAAAUUUGACUCAACACAUGAGAACGCACACAGGAGAAAAACCAUUCGUCUGUCUUGUUUGCAGUAAAAAGUUUUCUCAAAAGCCCAAUUUGACGCGACACAUGAGAACACACACAGGAGAUAAACCAUUUAAUUGUUCAGUUUGUGGGAAAGUUUUCUCUUAUAAGAUCUACUUUACAGCACAUAUGAGAACGCACACAGGCGAGAAGCCGUUUAAUUGUUCGGUUUGUGGUCAAAACUUUUCUCAAAAGGCCAAUUUGACAGCACACCAGAGAACGCACACGGGAGAGAAACCAUUUAAUUGUUCGGUUUGCGGCAAAACAUUUUCCCGCAAAACCUUUUUGACUGCGCACACGAGAACGCACACAGGGGAGAAACCAUUUAAUUGUUCGGUUUGCGGUCAACAGUUUUCUCUUAAGGCCCAUUUGCCAGCACACAUGAGAACACACACCGGGGAAAAGCCGUUUAAUUGUUCAGUCUGUGGCAAAAACUAUUCCACCAGGCAAAAUUUAAAUCGACACAUAAUGAAACACACUGGAGAAAAACACGUUUAGUUUAUCAUUAUGUGGAACAAGAUGGCAGACAAAUACACUUAUGUUCCGACAGAAGAACACACACACGGGGAUUAAUAUUCAGUUGUUCAGUAUAACUAGUCGAAGUAGCAUCUAGUGUGAUCACAUGAUCACACUUUUUAGGUGACUUAUCACAUGUGAUGUUACAUUUUUAUGAUUUGACAUUUUUUGGAGCACAAACCGAACAACUCAAGUGAUGGUGAAGAACAGCAGCUACACGAAUUUGAUUGGUUGAGAACAAGAUGGAUGAUGUUUUCCUCGCCUUCCUUUUGAAUCACAGAAGUGUUCCGUAUUGUUCGGACUACAAGGCGCACCUAAAAUCCUUUCAUUUUCUCCAAUAUCGACAGUGUGCCUUAUAACCCGGUGUGCCUAAUGCAAUUUUAUUUUGUACAUGGUGAAAUCAUAAGUGUCACCAGUAGAUGGCAGUCACACAUAAGAGCGACUGCAAUAUGACACCAGUAAACAACAUCAAAAAAUGUAAAUGUUCCAUUGAGAAUAAAGAACAUAACACACGGCACUCAAAAAUCUGUCAAAAUGUUUUAGCAUGACUUUGAAGCCGCAUUGCUUGAGUGAUUGUCGCCCCAUUACGGCUACCGUAGUCAGAGAUACAAGUAUUACUAUGGGGUGUGUACAAGGAACGCAAAAUGGCACCCGUUAGCAGACAUAUUAUCCAGCAGUUUGUUUCACACUAUUAUGCAAAAGCAAGUUUUCUUACCUUCUGGCACCUGCUGAUCUGUAUUUGAGAUCUGCAUAAGUCCUGAAAAUUUGCGCACGUCCGCCACUGUAGUCCGUGGCGAUGCCAUAGUCGAUAAGCUUCUUCUUUGUUUGUGUUUAGUAUAUUUCUACACUGAUACCAUGUAGUAAACAGAUAAUAUUAAGGUAACAGUUUUUUUUACUACAAAGUAAGUAAAUGAAGUAUAAGAGGAUAACAU